CAGAAGCUAAGUUCGUUGCAACAUGGCAAAUUGAACCUCCCCCACCCUAAUUCAGAUAUGGCCUUUGGAACUAUUUUGGUCUUCAUGUGAAGUAUGACACUGAAGCACAGGCAGCUAAGGUCAGAGAACUGGAGUUACAAAAGACGGAGUUGGACAAGCUGAAGGAACAGCACGAAGCACAAGCAGCUAAGGUGAAAGAAUUGGAGUUGCUAAGGGCAGAAAUGGAUAAGCUGAAGCAAGAGAGCCAAGCACAGGGAGGAGAGCUGAUCACCAUUAAAAGUAGGGCAAACAUCACAGAAAACCAGGUGGAGGUCCUGAAGAGAGAAGCAGAAGUCAAACGUGUGGCUUUCUCAGCCUCUCUGUUAGGCACAGGCUCACAAAAUAUUGGACCAUUUAACACACACAUGCCUCUGGUCUUCAAAUAUGUUGUUUCCAAUAUUGGAAAUGCCUAUAAUUCGCACACAGGUUCCUUCACUGCACCAGUAAGAGGAGCGUACCACUUUGAAUUCUACGUAUAUGGAGAUCAUUCACAUCCUUCAGGGGCUGUUUUGGUCAAGAAUGGAGAGCACAUCUUUAUGGCAUACCAACAUUCGACCAGUGCUCAUUCAGUCAGUUCUUCUAAUGGUGUCACAUUGCUAUUAGAGGUAGGAGAUGUUGUGUUUUUGCGACUGUGAAUUAACACUUGGAUUCUUGACAAUGAAAACCGGCACAGCACCUUCAGUGGACAUCUGCUUUUCCCCAUGUGAGAAGAAAAACAGCCUAAGAUACCAGUGCAAGCACACUCUACCAGUGUAUUAGUUACUCUGCAUUUUUACUACAUAUGAAGCUGACUGAGCACAUCGAUCGAGUGUUUGAAAACUGAAUUAAAAAUGCUU